AUGAGCUCUUACUUGAUUUAUCAACACAUCGACUCUCUGGUCUGUGCUGGUCCAAGGGAGGAGAUUUGUCCUGAAUUGCGGCCUGAUGCCGAACUCACAAAGUAUGAGACGCAUGUCUUGGAGCGCUUGAAAGGACACAAGGCCAAAUGGAAAACCCUGGAGGAAAUUCGCGAGGUUGGACUGCAUCACGAAAGCGAGGCGCGCGCCUUCUAUGGAGGGCCAAAGAGCUACUCCUACCCAUUACAUCGGGAUCUUCCUGAUGGUGAUGUGCUGUGUGUGCUGCACAGUGGUUGCCCGCAAAGACGUCGUUAUGCUGCAGCCACACCCACGACGACAGAUGGCCAGGCUAAAGGUGCCAGGCUGGGAGACCUGAAGACAAGGUUCACCUGGGCCUAUGACUUCUUUAGCCAGCCUCCAAUCCCUGUGGAUGGUUGGGCUGGCACGCUGCGCGCUGGUGAGCUUCUCUACAUGACGCUGAAGACUUUGCGCCUUGCCAGGGAAGACGACGAAGACGUCACAGAGGCCAUUGCCGCACUACGGCAGCGCCGCAAGGAAAAGGCUUCCAUACAGAGGAACUUCCCCUGUCUCUUGCUCAGCCAGCUGUUCGUUGGAGAGUGGAAAACUGACUUGAGGAUGUCAAGGCCGGUGCUGGAAUCUGACGGCAGUUUCUUCAGGCCAGCAGAGGAUAUCUAUGAAGGCCUCUUGGGAAGCGAAGGCAGCCAGCGGUCAGGGAUCUCAGCUCAAGUUGCAUCGAGCGUUGCCUUCAGUUUUCCAGCUGGUCAAACUCGUGGUGACAAGCCUAAGCCACCGAAGCUUAGCAGUGACGCCAUCCUGAAGUGGAUCCACAUUUUCCAAAGGCAUCGCUUCAUGAUGCUGGUGUGCUUGGGACCAGAGCCAGGCAGCCUGGAGUUGCGCCCUUUGACUGAAGAUGCUGGGACACAUCGACUGCAGCUGAGACCUGGUGCAUUUGUCCUGCUUCGUGCCGACUGUCUCACACAUCGAUUCAGCUCCAGGGGGAAAUGCUUCAUGCUGACGAGCUUUCUCCUCGGGCCCAACCCACAACGGAAUGCUCGAUUGGCAUCGCAUCUACAGGAUCAAUUGGGGCGAAAUCUCUUGACGAUCAAGGAAAAUUCUAAAAGCGAAGAAGACUUCGAGAGCCAGACGAGCAGAGCGAUUCAACGGAUUGCCAACCAGAACCUCCACAAGGGCCAGCAGACAGCAGUGCGGGGCUGCGCGGCCAGGGAACCAGUAGCAGCACAUGAUCCCGACGCGUUUUGCUCCGGGAUUAUGGCAGGCAUUGAUGGAGCGCAGAUCAUUCCACAUCUACGAUGGGACCAUGAGCAAUACUUCGUGCCUGAUCCGUCCAGGGAUCCAGCAGGUAACUGGAAGACGCACUGCAACCAUGGCUGCUUCAUCGAGGGGUUGGAACUUUUUGACAACAAAAUGUUCAAGAUCAGCCCAAUGGAGGCGACGGGCAUGGACCCGAAUCAGCGGCAAGCCUUAGAGGUCUUCUACGAAACAACGAUGAGUGCUGGCCUUGAUGAGAAGAAACUCAUGAGGUCCAACAUCGGUGUUUUCAUGGGUGGUCCUGGUGGCUUUUCAGAAUAUAGCCAAGUGCCCAAGGACGAGGUUGGUGGUGCUUUGGGUUCCACCAGUGGUUCUGCAGCUAUCAUGGCCAAUCGGAUCUCCUUUUGCAUGGGAAUUCAUGGUCCGAACUUUUUCAUAGACAUUGAAGGUGCAGCAUCCCUGACAGCCUUCAACUUGGCGGUUGAUUCUGUCCAACGUGACAAGGCACAGUGUAUUGCAGCUGUCGCCCUUGGAGUCGACUGCAACGUCCACCCGCAAGGGCUGUUGACCCUGGGCUGGGCUGGAUUGCUAUCGAAGAAGGGCCGGUGCUUGAGCUUCGACAGCUAUGCAGAUGGCUACAUCCGAGGAGAAGGAUAUACUGGGCUCUAUGUCAACCCCUUGAUGAAAGAGCACGAGGGCAAGAAGAUCAUUGACGAGGAGCCCGCGAUCAUUGCGUUGGCCAGUGGGACUUUUAUCAACAACAAUGGCAGCGCAGCGUCUCUAACAGCGCCAAGCGGGGCCAUGUACCAGGAGCUUGUGGCUAAUUGCGUUCGCAGCGCAGAUAUUUCUCCCUUGGACGUUGAUGCUGUGGAGUGCCAGGCUGCAGGAAACAUCCUCAACGAUGCAGUGGAGGCGACAGCGCUGACACGCGCCUACAGGUCCUUGGCGAUGAACCAGGAUGCCGAGGAAGAGAUGCUGGGUCUCAUGGCCGCAAAGACGAACGUUGGCAACAUGCGCCCUGCAAUGGGUUGUGCAGCACUCCUCCGGGUGAUUGUUGGGCAGGCCAUGGGUUGCAUGCCUCCUUCUCUUCACAUGCACAAGAUGAACCCGCACGUAGUCGCGGCAGAUGAUGUGCCGAGCUUUUUUGUGACAGAGCCAGUGCAUCACCGAAUGGUCUCAGCCUUCGUGGCUUGCACUGCAAGCGGAAUUGGUGGCUCAAAUGCCCAUACAAUCCUUUGGGGCAAAGCAUGCAUCAGGCAGAAUAAGAUGGAGAAGCCGGUGCAGGCUGAGGACGUUUUGACCUUUUGGCCUGGUGGCGGUGGUGAUCUUGAUCCUCUGUGCGAGCCGCGAAGAGGCUGCAGUAUCGUGGGUUCUUGGGCGCUCAUGGACUCGCCUCAGCAGAUGCGAAACGAAGGUCUUGACCAGUUUAGCUUCACCGUCACACUAGGAGAACAUGGAUUUGAGUGGUUCCAGAUUUGGCUCGACGGCGAGCGAGAACGCAUCCUUCAUCCGGGUGCUGUAAAAGGUCAAAGUACUGCCAAAGUGCAGGGGCCGCAUCACUACUGCCAGGUGGCCACCUUCGGAUGGUGCAUCGACACUAGACCAGGACAGAGCGAGGAUCCAAGGCAGUAUCCGGAAGAGGGCAUGCCUGGCGAUGAGUUCAAGGUGCAGCUUCUGACCAAAGGUCGGUUCAGAUCUGUCACCUGGGAGAGGCUUGGUUCGCAGAAUGUGCAGCGAAAUGGAUUGCCAAAGACCAUGGGUCGCUACUUCAUAGUCGGCAGCUGGAAUGAUUGGCAGCCUGAAGAGAUGAAUCUCGAUGAUGAAGCGAUUGGUCGCUUUUCGAUCAAGGCAGCCAUGUCCACGGGCAAGCAGCGCUUCCAGAUACUUCGGAACCGAGACUGGCGCCAGAUUAUCUACCCUGACCCUGGCUCUGGUGACGACCAAGAUGCGACCGUGAAGGGACCUGAUGGUACUGGACAUGCUAGUUGCUGGAGCAUAGAGGUGCAACCCUCGCGAAAUGUGAUUAUGAUUGACCUGGAGCUUUGGGAGGAGGAUCAGAGUUUCUCUGACGAUCGGAAAAGCCGGAGUGCAGUCAGCAAGAUGAAGGUUUCCUGGCGCAGCAUCAGGAAGCAAGAGCUCUCGGAGCAGGAAGUCUUCGAGCGCUCUCGGCCAAGCUUUUACUUGGUUGGCAGCUGGGAUUGUUUCAUGCGGCGAACAAAGAUGCGCUUUGAUGGACUCCGGCAAUGCUACGUCGGCCGUGUGCCGGUGCCGGUGAGAGGUUGUGAAUUCUUCCAAAUUCUUUCUAACGGUGAUUGGAACAGCAUCCUGCAUCCUGGCAAGCACGAGGGAGGGAUGGAUGCAUCAGCCCAACGAGGCUGCUUGCUGUGA